UACAAAUGAUUUCAUUUAAUAAAAUAAAUCUGCAAUUUAUAUUAAUAUUAAAUAUAUCAUUACAAUCAAUUCAAUGUAUUGAAAUUCCAGUAAAUGAAAUCAGGUGAGACACGAAAGAUUUGAUAAAAAUUAUAAAUAAAUUCAAUUAAUAAAAAAAAUAAUUGUUAUAUAUUUUCAUUUAUAUAUUUAUAUUUAUUGUAUAGUUCUUAUAUUAAAGGAAAUUUAUCAUGUCCAUUAUCAUUAACAAGUUUGGAUUUUAUUUACAAUUUUUCACAACCCAAUUUAGAAAUUGUAUGGCCUUGUGAAGUUCGUUUUUAUUGGUUAUCAUUACAACCAUUUGUUAAAUUUGUGCGUUUUUUACUUAGCUAUAUAACACCAUUUAUUAUAAUACUUGGUGUAUUAUUAAACAUUAUUUCUUUUGUAAUGUUAAGUACACCUAUACUUUGUGAAUCAAACUUAUCGCUUUAUUUAAAAGCAUUGGCAUUAUCUGAUAAUGGAGCAUUAAUAUUUAAUUAUGCUAUGGGUAUUGCAAAAUCACAUUUUAUAUUUGUUAAUAAUCUUUUUAUGAACAGUGGAUUUCUAUGCAGCUUAAAUUCUGUUACUAUGGAAUUUUUUCAAUUUACCUCAACUUGGUUGGUUGUAAUUCUCACAUGGACACGAGUAUUUGCUAUUAUAUUUCCUUUCGAAAUAUAUGGUCAUUAUAAUAAUUGCUCUGAAAUAAUAAUUAUUAUUAUUUUGAUAUGUAUCAGUUUUAUAAUAUCAUUAACAAAGUUAUAUUCAGGAGGCUAUGAAACAGAUAGUGUUUUUGAAUUUAUACCAUGUCAAAAAAAAAUAAAACCAUGGGGUAGUACUAUGUAUUUUUAUAUUGCACUAUCUACUUGGUUGCCAUUACUUUUUAUAUUUAUUGGAAAUAUUUUACUGAUUAUACACAUGAAAAAAAUGGAAAAAAUUCAUUGUCAGUUAACUCAAAAUUUCAGAUAUAAAAUAAGUAGAAUGCAUCAUACUUUUAAAACAUUAUUUGUAGUAUCAACUGUUUAUUUAGUGUUACUAUUACCCCUUGGUAUAGUUGAAACUUUAGAACUUUAUUGGGAUGUUGUAUUAAUUAAAUUCCCUAAUACUGAAAUAAAGAAAAAGACAGAAUAUAUACAUUGGUUAAAAGAAAAAAUAUUAUUAAAGUGGUGUCGUGGUUUAUGCUUUCACAUAUAUCAUUGGAAUUUUGCAAUUAAUUUCUUUUUAUAUUAUCUCACAGGUAAAAAAUUUAGAAAUGUUAUUAUACAGACAGUAAAGCAUUUUAAAAUUAUAAUUUUUUCCAUCUUUUCUAAAUAUAUUAAUAAAUAUAUAUCAUGUUCAAAAUAUCCUACACAUUUAAAAUCUCUGAAGUCUUUGAAUGUUAUAAAAUUUAUCGAUAAGAAUUAUCGCAUUCAAUGAAUAUUCUAUCUCUAGCCUUAUUUUUUUGCAAAAUGAUAGCGCUAUUAUCAUAAAUAUUUAUAAAAGAUUAUAUUUAUGAACAAAAUUUAUAAAAAUUAUUAAA